AUGGCGAGCUACUACGCACGCAAGAGCACAAGCCUUCGGGCAGCCAAGCGCUGGCUCAUUGACGAGAUGGACACUACGGAGGCGUUUGCUACUAUGCGUCGCAUGCGCCCCAUCGAUACAAUGGCCAGCAAACAAAAGCUGCACGUGCUGGGCGAGUUUUUUCCGUCGGUUGCUAUGGAUGUGCGUCGAGACGUGCUGGUGGCUGCCAAUUACCGUGAGGAUGUGGCUGCUGCCAUGUUAGGCGACUUGACGCGGGAGCCGAUGGCUGCUGCUGCGCGCACGCAGGAUCCUACGGAGCUGUUGUUCGUGGACCUGCAUGCGGAUGAAGACGCUGCGUCCGAUCUCGCAGACGAGGAGGACUGGAGCGAGGUGGCGGCCGUUAACAAUGGCACCGAUGCGUGGGUUGUGAUCCAGGAUGAUUGGGAGGUCGUGGACAAGAACGGAGAGAAGGUCCGCACCUUUGCUGACGUGCUGCAGAUGGCACCUGUGGCAACGCCAUCAGUGGCAGCAACGAGCCCAAAAAAACUACAGCCGGCGCUACUGUCGCGCCUUUCUAUCGUGGAGCACACUGCUACACGCAAGACGUUGAAGAAGACGGAGAGCGACCUCGCACUACCGGCUUACGAGCUGGAGCGCGGUGUCAAGUCUUUUGGUGCACGAAAGCGCCACAUGGCGAAGCACCAUCGUUAA